AGCUGACACACGCAGACCCACCCGGAGCCUGGGAAGGAGAGGAGGGACUGACAGACACCUCAGAGGUGCGGCUGGGGAGCCGGACAGGCAGAGCAGGGGCUGGAAGCGGGGUAGGGGAGGAGGGCCAGGCGGGGGGCAGAGAGGGAGGAGCAGGGCAGAGAGCCCGCCAGAAGGACCGGGGACCCAGAGAGGCGAGGGGCGGGGAGAGACGCAGAGGAGGCCAGAGAGACAGAGACAGACAGAGACCCAGGCGGGGACAGAGGGCAGACAGGAAAGGAACACGGCGGGCGAGAGGAGCCCUGUCUGCAACGGGGUCACCGACAGACCCCCGGGGUGGGGCGCCGUGGGCAGGAUGGAGGCCGGUGUCUGAGUGCCCAGCAGGCCGCCCCCCGCCCCCCCGGGGACCCCCGCAGUCCAGGCCUGGGGGCCAGGAUGGCCGAUGACUGCCGAAACCUCACCUACGUCCAGGACUCGGUGGGCCCGGCCACCAGCACCCUGAUGUUCGUGGCAGGCGUGGUGGGCAACGGGCUGGCGCUGGGCAUCCUGGGGGCGCGGCGGCGGUCCCGGCCCUCGGCCUUCGCGGUGCUGGUCACCGGGCUGGCGGUCACCGACCUGCUGGGCACGUGCUUCCUGAGCCCGGCCGUGUUCACGGCCUACGCCCGCAACAGCUCGCUGCUGGGCCUGGCCCGGGGCCGGCCGGCCCUGUGCGACGCCUUCGCCUUCGCCAUGACCUUCUUCGGCCUGGCCUCCACGCUCAUCCUCUUCGCCAUGGCCGUGGAGCGCUGCCUGGCGCUCAGCCACCCCUACCUCUACGCCCAGCUGGACGCGCCCCGCCGCGCCCGCCUGGCCCUGCCGGCCAUCUACGCCUUCUGCACCCUCUUCUGCGCGCUGCCGCUCCUGGGCCUGGGCCAGCACCAGCAGUACUGCCCGGGGAGCUGGUGCUUCAUUCGCCUGCGCUCCGCCGAGCUGGGCGGCUGCGCCUUCUCGCUGGCCUACGCCAGCCUCAUGGCCCUGCUGGUGGCCGCCAUCGUCCUCUGCAACGGUUCGGUCACCCUGAGCCUCUGCCGCAUGUACCGUCAGCAGAGGCGCCACCAGGGUGUGGCCGCCCCCGGGCCCCGGGCGGGCGAGGACGAGGUUGACCACCUGAUCCUGCUGGCCCUCAUGACGGGCAUCAUGGCCGUGUGCUCCCUGCCCCUGACGGGCCCGCUCUGUGCCCGCCGGCGCCGGUGGCUCACGGACACACGCUCAGAGAAUCUUCCAAACGACCUCAAGCUCCAUGAGUGUUUAAAACAGACGCGACUGCUGGGUCGUCACCAUUUUUACAGACCGAGGGGCCCGUCUCUUGGCACGAUCACACAGAGCCAGAUCCGUGGCUUCACCCAGGCCAUCGCCCCAGACAGCAGGCAGAUGGGGGACCUCCAAGCCUUCCGGUUCAACGCCUUCAACCCCAUCCUGGACCCCUGGGUCUUCAUCCUCUUCCGCAAGGCUGUCUUCCAGCGGCUCAAGCUCUGGUUGUGCUGCUUGUGCUCCAGGCAGGGCCACGGAGACUCCCAGAUGCCCCUCUCCAGGCCUGCCCCGCGGGGCAAGAGCCCAGGGGCCCCCACUGCUCUCAGGGGAAAGGAGGGGAGCUGGGUGCCUUUGUCAGCCUGGGGCGAGGGCAGAGGUGCCCCCUUGCCGCAGGCACCACAAUCAGGCAGCCCUGCAGGAGCCCCGUCCAAAGUGGGGUCUGCUUGCUCCCUCUGCUGACCCCCGCCCUGUCUUCUGGGGGCAGGAGGCAGAGAACCCUGCUCUUCCGAACCAAGGCCGCGGUAGACAGGCGGGGAGGGGACUCCUGGAGCCGAUGCUGGACAGAACUGUGAGCCCCUCAAUUCAGGGGCCGUCAGCUGCUCUUUCUCCUCCUCUGGGACCCCCGGAGACAGGCCUGGGGGGAGAGGGAAGUAGGAAGUUCGUCCUGCAGCUUUUUAAAAAGGAACCGUUCUCUCAAAAUAACCAGAGGCUCGCUGCCCCGGCCUGGCCCUCACCGCCACCCAUCUCAAGUCUAAAUAUUUACAUGGCGGGGUUCCCAGCAGCUUCUGUGCGCAGGUCUGCUGAGCUGGGCUUGCAGCCCCCCCCACCCUUCGCCUGCCCCCAGUCCCCGGGGACUCCCCCAGGUCACACCAUGUCAGCCUUCUCUGUCCCCUCAAGCUCCCAGUCUGCCUCGCUGCUGGUUCCCAUCACACCUGAGAGCCCCGGCCACCAGGGGGCACGGGGCGGAACGGGGUGGUUAAGGUGGGAGGGGGCCUGUUACAUUAUGGGGUGACACUGCUAAGCAGGUACCAGAACCUGGCUUGUUGGACACAGGAUGUGGAUUGUGGGGGCAAGGGGUGGAGAUGGGGGAGAUGGGGGGUGGGUUGCAGGGGCUGCCCCCAGUGCACCCCACGGACCUGGUCCUUUUAUAAAUAGCUGUCUCCUUAGAGAGACUUUCACCUCAGCAUCCUUAGAGUCCUCGCAAAGGGUCUCUGUCCUGCCCUGGAUGCCACCCUGGGGUGGUUUCCAGUCUCUCUCCCUCCCCUGCCCCACCCCUGCUUUCAGAAGGGCCCAGAAGAAUGGAGAAUGCUGGGGGAAUGAGCCGAGUGGCAGGGAAGGAAGCGGGGCUGGGGUGGUGGGAGGGUGAACAGUAAAGUCCCCCCACCCAUGCCGCCCCAGGUCCCCUCUCAAACCUGCUUCUGGGUUCAAACAAUAAAUGCACAGGGGUGGGGGCGUCGGCAGGAGAGAGCCUCCUAUGAAGAUGACCCAGGCAAAAGCGUGUCCCCAGGAGAGUGCCCCUCCCUCCCCCACCUGCCCCAGGGCCUGCUGCUCUGCAGAGGUGGGGCCUGUCCGGAGAGGCCCCCAGGUCGCCCUAGGAGGCAGAACAGGUGGAGGUGCGGGUCUCCCGCUCCCUAGCUCUGGCCUGGACUUCUAUCCGGGCCUUGGUGUCGUUUACGGUACUUAGCUGGGCACUCACGGUCCCCCCUCAGGAGCAAUUAGGCACCGAGCCUGGGAUGAAGCGGCUUACUUCAGGGUCUGCUGCAGCUGCUCACUAUGAAUCUGAUCUCAAUAAAGGGGAAGAUGGUUCUGGCAGAGCAAGAAACAGGUCGGGUAACUGACUGCCUGCUGGGUCUGGGCUUCCUCUGCGUGAUAGAAUGUUCUGGAACCGGACAGCCACUCAGCAUCGCCAAUGUACUAAGUGAACGGCACUUGAGAAUGGUUCCGAUGGUCAGUUUGAUGUUAUGGGCAUUUUACACACUAAAAAAAUGCUAAAACAAAAAAUAAAUGGAGGUUGUUGGUAGACUUUUAGAGCAGCUGGUGGGAUCUAGUAGCCAAGUUGACUUGCACAAAGAAACAAAAUAAAAUCUGGCCAAGACACAUGAGGUGGGGCUCGCCUUUGUCACCAAACUGGUUGCCCCCAGAAGAAACCCAAGAAAGCCCCUGGAGGGCGGGAUGAGGGGGCGCACAAGGGCAUUUGGGCAAGAGCCGUGGGGGCGAGGGCACUUGCCCCUUGCCCCUUUGCUGCCCCCAAGAUGGGUCCUGUCGCCAUUCCCGUUUCUUUCAG